GUUGGGGGGGAAUAACGUUAUAGCCGAGCGCGCAGCAGCGGGAGCGGUCGCGCUAUAGCAGAACGGCUGGGGAGGGGGCCUUUUUCGUGUUUUUUUUUUCUUUUUUUGGCAGGGGGAGAUUUUGGGGAAGCGGCCGGUCCCUCCCGAUGGUGAGGGAUGAGCAGACAGUCUGCUAGAAAUAGGAAAUCGCAGUUCACUAAGAAAAGAAGACCCGGGAAAUCUGGGAUGACGUAGCCCUGCCAAGGAAAUAGAAGCUAAGCAGAAAAUGAGCUUAACAUCCUGGUUUCUGGUGAGCAGUGGAGGCACUCGGCACAGGCUGCCACGAGAGAUGAUUUUUGUUGGAAGAGAUGACUGCGAAUUGAUGUUGCAGUCCCGUAGUGUGGACAAGCAACAUGCAGUAGUCAACUAUGAUUCCUCUGCAGAUGAACAUUUGGUGAAGGACUUGGGCAGCCUAAAUGGAACUUUUGUGAAUGACAUAAGGAUUCCCGAACAGACCUAUAUCACCCUGAAGCUUGAAGAUAAGCUAAGAUUUGGCUAUGAUACUAAUCUUUUUACUGUAGUUCGAGGAGAAAUGCGCGUCCCAGAGGAAGCCCUGAAGCAUGAGAAGUUUACAAGCCAGUAUCAGCUGUCCCAAAAAUCCUCAGAAUCUGAAACGUCAAAACCAACAAGCUCCAAAAGUUUGGAGUCGAAGAUAGCAGACCCUGGAUCGGAAGUGCAACAUAAAGCAACUGAAGCAUUGAAGGCUGAGGAGAAAACCAUGGAUCUUUCUGCAGUACCCCGAGGUACCCCACUUUAUGGGCAGCCAUCUUGGUGGGGAGAUGAUGAAGCCGAAGAAGAAAACGCUUACAAGCAAGAUGGCAAGCCUGUAGAAAAAAUCCAAGAAACUGGAGCUUCAGGGUGCAGCACAGAGGCCAAGCAAGUCAAGGAGCAGUCGGCAGCUGCCAACGAAGAAGUCCUUUAUCCUUUCUGUAGGGAACCAAGUUAUUUUGAAAUCCCUACCAAAGAAUUCCAGCACCCACCCCACACGGCCGAGAGCACCAUUCACGAAAUCCCGACAAAAGACACCCAGAGCUGUCACGCGGGCGGCCCAGGCCACGCUUCCUUCACUAUCGAGUUCGACGACAGCACUCCGGGCAAAGUCACCAUCAAAGAUCACGUGACCAAACUGACCCCGGACCACCGCCACCGGUCGAAGAAGUCCUCUCCCUCGGGCGCCCAAGACAUCCCCGGGAUUCAGACUGGGAUGGUGGCCCCGGAGAGUAAAGUGGCCGACUGGCUCGCUCAGAACAACCCCCCGAGGAUGAUCUGGGAAGGAACCGAGGAGGACUCCAAAAGCAUCAAGAGCGAUGUCCCAGUUUACUUGAAGAGGUUGAAAGGGAAUAAACACGACGACGGCACCCAGAGCGAUUCGGAAAACGCAGGGGCGCACCGACGAUGUAGCAAGCGGGCAACUCUCGAAGAGCACCUAAGGCGUCACCACUCAGAGCAGAAAAAAUUGCUCGCGAAGACCCAGGCACCCGAAAAGCACCAAGAACCAACAGUCGUAAGUCAAACCGCUUUUAUGAUUGAAUUCUUGGACGACGACAAUCCCAGAAAGAGACGGUCGUAUUCCUUUACCCAGAGCACAAGAGCCUCGGGUCCAGACACUCCUUACCCGACACUUCCGGCAAAACCCGAGAAAGCCAAACCCACGUCAGCCGUUGCCAAAGCGGUUUCUUUGUCGUUACAGACUAGCUCUGCCCUCCACAGAACGGGGCCUGGUGCCCCGCACAGCAAACUGCUCAAGCAGAAAUCGGAGGAGCCGCUUCCCUUCCUGCAAACCGCUCUGUUGAGAAGCUCAGGGAGUCUUGGGCACAGGCCGGGGCAAGAGAUGGAUAAAAAGUUGAACGCCCAAGCCGCUUCCGCCUCCGCCGAAAAGGACAACGACGAUGACCAGAGCGACAAAGGCACCUACACCAUUGAGCUGGAGAAACCCAGUACGGAAGAAGAGGAGGCCCGUAAGAUGAUUGACAAGGUCUUCGGUGUGGAUGACAGUCAAGAUUAUAACAGGCCCAUUAUCAUUGAGAACCAGAAAGAUUUGGUAAAAGACUGGGCUCUAAUUUCCGCGUCAGUUGCCCUGGAAGAAAGAAAACCACCGAUUUCAUCUGGAUUUCUCGAUUCAGAGGAAGGCCGUUCGACCGGAAGCAAACGCUGGGUAUCACAGUGGGCUAGCUUGGCCGCUAAUCACACGAAACACGACCAGGACGAGCAGAGACUGGAGUUGCGUGCAUCCGCUCUUCUUGAAAACGAGGCCGACAUCCGCGAAUCCGGCAUCUCAGUGCGGAGUACCGGUUCGACCGCUUCCCUGGCCAGCCAAGGGGAGAGGAAGAGUCGGACCCUUCCUCAGCUUCCAAAUGAGGAGAAACCUCCUGAGAGUCCCAGGGGAAAGACCGUGUCCCAGAGAUCGGAGAUCGGGGAGAAACAGGACACGGAACUUCAGGAGAAAGAAGCGCCCACUCAGAGGGAGAAACCACCGGAUGGUGACCCCAGAUCACUCGGGAGAGUGAACAGGACAGUGAAUGGCCGGGCCCUAAAAAGUGGCGGAGACCACAGGCUUCCGUUCCUGGCGGGCAGCUGCUCUCCUGCGAGAGAGAAAAACGAAACGGGCAGGGAAGAGUUCACGGUAAAGCAGGCGCUCGCCAGGAUUCACCAGCAGGAGCAGAGGGAACAGGCCCAGCGGGCCCCGACCGCAUUAGCUUCCAUCAGACUCGCCUCCGGUUCGGAUAGAAGCCGGGAGGAAUCUCCGCGGCAGAGUCCCCACGCUCAAGACAAAAUCCCUGGACCCGCUGUAGGCAAAGGAGAGAGGGCAGCCCAGCUGGAGGGAAAGAGAAGAAAAACAGAGGAGAUUUUAAAGAGCCAAACCCCAAAAGGACUGAGCGGGGACAAGAAAGACUCCUCCAAGCCGUUAGUGAGACAAGGGAGCUUCACCAUAGAGAAACCAAGCACAAACGUCCCCAUAGAACUCAUUCCUCACAUUAAUAAACAAACCACCACUCCCCCGUCGCUCGCCCUGACUCCCGCGAGCCGAUUGCGGGAGAGAAGCGACUCCGUGGACACUGACUCCAGCAUGGAUACCACCCUCAUUUUGAAAGACACAGAAGCCGUCAUGGCCUUCCUCGAAGCCAAACUCCGCGAAGAGAACAAGGCGGACGAAGGCCCCGAGACGCCGAGCUACAACCGGGACAACUCCAUCUCCCCCGAGUCGGACGUGGACACGGCCAGCACCAUCAGUCUGGUCACCGGCGACGCGGAAAGGAAAUCGACCCAAAAGCGAAAGAGCUUCACCAGCCUGUACAAAGACCGGUGCUCGGCCGGGUCCCCGUCCAAAGACGGCCCCAAAUCGUCCUCCUCCAGCGCCCGCGAGAAGAUAGAGAAGAAGACGAAAAGCCGGUCCGGCGACGCCGGGUCGAGGGCCGAGGGCCGCAAACUCCGCCAGCCCUCGGUGGAUCUGACGGACGACGACCAGACGUCCAGCGUGCCCCACUCGGCCAUCUCGGACGUCAUGUCGUCGGACCAGGAGACGUACUCGGGCCGACCGCACGGCAGGGCCCCGUUCCCCUGCUCCGACGACGGCGGACCCUCCAAACCGGAGGGCGCCAAGCUGGCCAAGUCCAAGACGUCGCCCGCGACCCCCGGAGCGACCGGCAAAUCGACGACCCUUCCGAGGCCGCGGCCCACCAGGACAUCGCUCCUCCGCAGAGCCCGGCUGGGCGAAGCCUCGGACAGCGAGCUGGCCGACGCCGACAAGGCCUCGGUGGCCUCCGAGGUGUCCACCACCAGUUCCACGUCCAAGCCGCCGUCGGGGAGAAGGAACGUCUCGAGGAUCGACCUGCUGGCUCAGCCGCGGAGGACGAGGCUCGGCUCCCUGUCGGCCCGUAGCGACUCCGAAGCCACGCUGUCCAGGAGCAGCACCUCCCUGCGUGCCCCGGAAGCCCUCAUGAGGAGCGGGGCGAGGUUGACGCCAUCCGAAAAAAUCUCUCCGAGAAUCAGAGCCAACAGUAUUUCUCGGCUGUCCGACUCGAAGGUCAAAAGUCUGACUUCCACCCAUAGCUCGCCCUCAGUAAAUUCAAGAUGGAGGCGCUUUCCUACUGAUUAUGCUUCCACCUCAGAAGAUGAAUUUGGAUCAAACCGUAAUUCCCCUAAACAUACCCGUCUACGUACUUCUCCAGCCCUGAAAACCCCUCGACUGCAGAGCACAGGAGCAGCAAUGCAAAGUAACUCUUCGUUCAAGCAUCGGAUCAAAGAGCAAGAAGAUUACAUCCGAGACUGGACAGCUCACCGCGAAGAAAUAGCGAGGAUCAGUCAAGAUCUGGCUCUCAUUGCUCGGGAAAUCAACGAUGUAGCAGGAGAGAUAGAUUCAGUGACUUCGUCAGGCACUGCUCCUAGUACCACAGUAAGCACUGCUGCAACCACCCCUGGCUCUGCCAUAGACACUAGAGAAGAGGUAGGAGAUCUUCAUGGAGAAAUGCAUAAGUUGGUUGAUCGUGUUUUUGACGAAAGUCUCAACUUCAGAAAGAUCCCUCCCCUAGCUCAUCCUAAGCCACCAGAAGGGAACGGCCGAGUCUGUGAUUCCAGACCUCAGCAAUCGGACACCCCGGAGCCCUUAACGAUUACCCGUCGGAGAACCUGGAGCCGAGAUGAAGUCAUGGGAGAUAACCUGUUGCUGUCGUCAGUCUUCCAGUUCUCCCGCAAGAUAAGACAAUCUAUAGACAAAACGGCUGGUAAAAUAAGAAUUUUGUUUAAGGACAAGGACCGGAAUUGGGAAGAAAUAGAAAACAAACUGCGAAUUGAAAGUGAAGUCCCUAUUGUGAAAACAUCAAGCCUGGAGAUUUCUUCCAUCUUGCAGGAGCUGAAAAGAGUUGAAAAGCAGUUACAAGUGAUCAACGCCAUGAUCGACCCGGACGGGACCCUGGAAGCUCUGAACAACCUGGGGUUCCCCUGCCCCUCCCUCCCAGGGCAGACGAAAGCGAAGACCAGCCCCGUGAACCUUGGGGCCCAGGCCCAACUCCCGCCCAACGGCCAGCCCGAAGCCCACGCCCCCCACCCCGCCGCCAUCCCCGGCCCGCCCGAAUUUGACAAUCCCGAGGCCGAAGCCGACUUCAGUAUACACUUCAACCGGUUCAACCCUGACGGGGAGGAGGAGGAGGACGUGGUGGUCCAUGAAUGACACCCUCUCUGAGCCCCGAAAUCUUCCAGGGUGCUGAGCAUCGGCAGGGUGAAGGGGCAGGAAGGCGCCCGGGUAGAGUCACGGUGUUGAUUUCUUCCAAGGAAAAAUAGUUUGAUUAAUUGCGAUUGUUUCAUUAUACCCACCUGGAUUUGUUUGUUUUUUUGUGUUGUUUUUUUUUAAAAAAAAAAACAAAAACCUGUAACGCUUUGAUUGUCACAUUAAUCCUGUCCAACCAUUAAGAGAAGUGUCGAAACAAGUACAGGGAAGCAGUUGGCGGCAGCUUUGUCCAUUGUGGUUGUGUGCUUUGAGGAAAGAGUUGGAAGGGUGGCCUUCCUGUCCCCCGGGUGAAUCCCUGGAACUGCGGUGAGCCCUCCCACCCCCAAAGCCGACGGACACCCACCGUUCCCGACACCCCAACCUGCCGGUGCCAAGCUGCUCUCUAAGACUUGACUUCCUUUUCAGUGCAUACAAUUUUGUGCAUCUCUUCCAUUGAUUUCUAGUCCUGGGAUUUCCAGGAGGAUUCAUUACCACUGGGGGAAGGACACACGAUUAAGUCCCAGAAAGACAGACUUCACCAAGCAUUCAUUCUUGCGGCCCCCAAUUUUUCCAACGGUUCCAUUUCUCCUCGAACUGGGUUGCUGUGUAAAUGUCUUGGGGUGGACAGAGUUUAACUGUUAUGUUUGCACUAAUGAUUGCUGGGAGUGGUGGAUGGACAUAUCUAUAUAUCGGUAAGAGCAAAGGUCUUGCUGUGUACAUAGGAGAUUGCUACUACCCUGUUCUUUGAACGCCACAACGUUUUAAGCCACUUACGGAUGACCAAUUUGGCACUUUCUCAAUUUUUUUUUAAUGUAAGAGUAGAAUGACUUCACAUCUCAUUUUGGUCCAAGUAGUUAUUUGAAGUAUAAAGGCAAGUUUAAACAGAGAUCUGAUUUGGCGGGGGUGGGGAGGGUGGUAUAUUUUUUAAAAACCCUUAGAAGGUAAGGUUUAAAUGGAUUCUCCAGUGUCACCGCAUUGAAAGGUGAGAAUUUUUUUCAAAGCAACUCUUGGAAUGAUCACAAGUGAGGAAGUUUUCUUCUCUAAGCGAUCUGGUAGUCAGAAUUUAGUCGGUGUCUCAUUCCCGAACAAAUGAAUCGCUCCUAAAUGUCCCCUUUUAGAGUCCCUAGUAUCUCCCCUUUGUUCGAUAUGUUUAUGAGAACUCUGGAUGGUGACUGUGACGGUAGGCUCUUGGGUCCCACCAAUGAAUAGUAAGUUUCUGAAAUACGCUAUAUACACCCGUUUUCCUAAGCUGUUCCAGAAAUUACCAUUUGGAAACGUUAAAAAGAAAAAAUAAAGAAAAAAAGAGUAAAUUACCUUGUAUUUCCAGAACACUAUAAUUUGGAGAAAUCUUAAUUCUGUUUAAUAUGACUAAUAGACUGGAAUUUUCUUGUUUGCCUCGGUCUAUAAAAGGAAAAAAAGAUACAAAUUUUGCAGCUUUUAUGAAAUGGUCUUUAACAUUUCAGCAAUAACCCUACGCUUCUCUUGUUUGUACAUUUCUAAACCUCGGCAGGAUUUCUGAAAUCCCAUGAAAGGUCGGGCCAGUCAAUAAUGCAAAAACAUUUUUGUAGAGAUGUGAAAAAAAAAUCGGUUGUGUAAUGGAUCUCUUAUUUUUGCUUUACAUUUAAAAAAGUGAUAAAAUAUUCUUCUCGUAAAGCUAAAUCUCCCCGCUCCAUCUAACAAAGGAGACCCAGAGAUGGUGUCAGAGAAGGGGAAAGGAAGGAUUGAAAUGCUUUGAGGGAAUAAAUAAAAACAGUAAAACAGGGUCAAUCGGUCAGAAAAAAGGUAAGCAGAAUAAUCACCAUUUUUCCUCUUUAAUUUAAUGUCUGGGUACCUAAUUUUUCCACAGAGAGGUGGAAGUUAAGGGUUGCUUAGGAAAAUAUUAAUAUUUUAGGGAUGUCUCACCUGAUGGUUUCGAGUGUUUACACGUUUAUGUUCUGUAACGAGCAUUUUGCCUUUACUAUGUUAUCCUUAUUUUAUAUGAACACAUUAUCCUCCUUAUUUAUUUUUGUUACAAUAUUACUUAUGUUAUUUUGUUACACAUUUACAAUUCCAUUUUUGAAUAAAGUGUUUCUGGAACUUUA